UGAAAUUUUCUCCGACGAUCGCAAUUCGUUCUUCAUAUUGAGAUUCAUUUUAUGUCUGCUGUAGACCUGACUUGGUCUUUAGUCCGUUUUUCUGGUGUAGUUAUAAAACUGCAAAAAUGUCGGCGUGGAGACAAGCAGGAUUGAAUUAUAUAAAUUAUUCUCAAAUUGCUGCCAGACUUGUUAGACAAGCUCUGAAGAGUGAUAUUAGAGCAGAAGCUCAAAAACGUGAUGAAGUUAACGUAAAAUUUACUCAAUGGAAGGAUGGAAAACCAAUCACUGAGAAAUAUUAAAUUUGAAGAUCAAAAAACAGUAAAUCUCUGUAUCACAGCUGGGUAGGAAAAUUCAUCCAAUAUUUACAUUUAUAGAAAUAAUUUAUGUAUGAUGAUCCUAGUUCAUGAAUGAAAUAAAAUCAUCUUCCACUUUGUCA